AAGUAAAGAGAAACGACAAUUUUCCACUAGUUUUAUUUUAGAUUUUGGAGUGGAUUGUUAGAAAAUAUUUCUAAAAGACGGUGUCAGUAUGAAUUAUUUGGUUAUUUCAGUUGGUCUAAUAUUGCUUGUAGCUGCACAAGUAAAUGCAGACAAGUCCAAUGAUGGUUGUGUGUGUAUAUCUUCCAACUUUGGCUGUGAAAAUAUAAAAGGAAAGAUAAAGAUGGUUCAAAAAGGCUGGUGCAAUACUAGAUGCUGCAAUGAACCUGCUAAAGGCGAAAAGCGAGAGUGUAGAUGUAUGAAUAUCAGUGAAUGCCCGGAUGAAUACCCAAAUGAACAAGGGGAUUGUAUCAACAUGGUGGAAUGUUGCCCAUCCAAAGCUCAGAAAAAGAAGAAAACAGAACUUUAACAAACAUGUGGGCACUUCUUUCAAUUAAAGCUUCUUUGAUGGGAAACUACUUCUAGUGUUGCAAUUUGCACUUCAUUAUUUAAUUUACGGUAACAUAGUCAACUUUUCACGAAUUAAGCUUUGACAUUUUUUUAUCUAACAGAAACAACAAAUAAAUAAGUAGAAAAAAUAAAACAAGUGAUAAAGCAUUUGCUGAGCAGCAGUAAACAGGCCGAGAACUGUUAUCAAAAGUGGUGUAAACAGUAUAAAUAUAGUUCAAAAUGUAUGACACAAGAAGAAAAUUCUUCGUCUAAAUCCACGAAAGAGUAUAUUGUAAAUUUAAUAUUUUGUUUAUUUUCUACUGCAGUGACCUUGAGAUACCCAUCAUAACAGCGAUAUGGACAAGCAGGGAAGCGACGCAAGUGACAUUAAACCAUGUUUAAUAGUUACUAACAUUAAAACAUAGUGUAAAGUGCAAAUCGACAAGCAAAAUACUAUUUCAAUAGUUUAGCAGAAAAUCAAUAACAACAACAACAACAACACACACACGCACACACGCACGCACGCACACACGUCCCACUUUAUAUAGACCUAUUUAAAGGAGAUCAUACUUAUUUAUACUACUCAUGAUACCUCCACCAUUAGUGGUUAUAUUAAUUCAAGUGCCCUUUCCAAAGCAAAGUUGAGCAUGCAAUCAACUUAUAUUUCAAAAAUGCCAUUAGUAAGAACUAUUCUAGUAGACAUUGUGAGUUUGAUCAUAAAACACGCUCAUACUUGCAGUCAUUUAGAUAUUUUUAGACAGUCAUUAUUUACAAAUAAAACAUGUAUCUUCGUACGUUUCUCAUUUGAAUAAAAAUGUUGACAGUUU